CUUGCAGUGAGUAUACAGUGAAUGGGUGAAGAGGCCACCCAGUGUCUCCUUGGGGAGCUGACGAGGACCCUCCAUUCUUAUCACCCCCCUGCAGGUGGGUACCUAGCACACAGCUUGGCAAUCAUGACUGAUGCAGCCCAUCUGCUCACUGACUUUGCCAGCAUGCUCAUCAGCCUCUUCUCUCUCUGGAUGUCCUCCCGGCCAGCCACCAAGACCAUGAACUUCGGCUGGCAGCGAGCUGAGAUCCUGGGAGCCCUGCUGUCUGUGCUGUCCAUCUGGGUGGUGACUGGGGUGCUGGUGUACCUGGCAGCAGAGCGGCUAAUCUCUGGGAACUACGAGAUCGAGGGGAAGACUAUGCUGAUAACAGCGGGCUGCGCCGUGGCCGUGAACAUCAUAAUGGGAUUGACUCUUCACCAGUCUAGCCACGGACACAGCCACGGCCAAGGGCACGGACACAGCCACGGCCAAGGGCACAGCCACGACACCACCCAGCAGCAGGAGAACCCCAGCGUCCGAGCUGCCUUUAUCCAUGUGAUCGGAGACUUGCUGCAGAGUUUGGGCGUCCUGGUGGCAGCCUAUAUUUUAUACUUCAAGCCAGAGUACAAGUACGUAGACCCCAUCUGCACCUUCAUCUUCUCCAUCCUGGUCCUGGGGACAACCUUGACCAUCCUGAGAGACGUGAUCCUGGUGCUAAUGGAAGGUACCCCCAAGGGCGUGGACUUCACAGCUGUGCGGGACCUGCUGCUGUCAGUGGAGGGGGUGGAAGCCUUGCACAGCCUGCACAUCUGGGCACUGACUGUGACCCAGCCUGUGCUGUCUGUCCACAUCGCCAUUGCUCAGAACACAGAUGCCCAGGCUGUGCUGAAGGCAGCCAGCGCCCGCCUACAGGGGAAGUUCAACUUCCACACCAUGACCAUCCAGAUCGAGGACUACUCUGAGGACAUGAAGGACUGUCAGGCGUGCCAGGGCCCCUUGGACUGACGGCCCGGCCAGGUGCCCACUGGAGCACGGACAGGACCUGCAGAUGGUGGGGCCCCGUGUCCCCCAGGCCCAGCCAGGACUCUGUUUACCCUGGCGGUGUCAUAAACCAGAUCCCUCUUCUGGCCUCAGCUCCAUGCUCAGCGCGGAGGAGCCUUGCCCACUCCAGGAACGGGGCUCCUCCCUGGCCUCCCAUCCGACGAAGCAGCCCCAGGAUGGGGACUCAGCAGGUACAAGCCCACUCCUCCUGCUCCUGGGUCAGUUCCUGGUGGGGCUGGGUUUGGGCCUGCUCCUCCGCCAAUGCUGUCUUACCACCAGCCUCAGGGAGAGGCAGUGAGGGAUGCUGCAGGGGAGCCUGGCCGCAGCACCCCCUGCCUACCUGCCUCAUUUCCCAUCUUCUUUGCCUUAGAAAUCUGUAAAGAAAUCUUGGGGCUGAGCCCCCUCCCUCUGCCUCUAACAUGAUCUGAUUUAAGGAGGCCAUGGGGGCUAGGGAGUUUCGAGACAGACUAGUAAGCCAGGACAAGUGGAAUAGGGAAACCGAGACAGAGAAAUGGCCAAGCAGGUUACAGCCAGCCACCGAGUAAAUCACAACAUCCCAUCUCCCCUAGCCAAGGACGCUUACGAGUAAGUGGUUUGCGUGUCUCCCCAACCAGAGGAUAAAGAGCUAAAAUCUCAGGAAGACAGAUAA